AGGGAGCGCGGCCGGUGCCUUUAAGGGGCGGUCGCGGGGCGGUGGCGGCGGCGGGGCCGGGCCGGCCUCGGUCCCCCCCGGCUCCCGGAACUCUCCCGGCGCCGGCCAUGGUGCGGAUCGUGACCGUGCAGACCAAGCCCUACGGCGACCAGAAGCCGGGCACCAGCGGGCUGCGCAAACGGGUGACGGUGUUCCAGAGCAAUGCCAACUACACCGAGAACUUCAUCCAGAGCAUUCUGGCCACCGUGCCGCCCGCCGAGCGCCAGGACGCCACGCUCGUCGUGGGAGGCGACGGCCGCUUCUACAUGAGAGACGCCAUCCAGCUCAUCGUCCGCAUCGCCGCCGCUAACGGGAUCGGGCGCUUGGUGAUCGGGCAGAACGGGAUCCUGUCCACGCCGGCCGUGUCGUGCAUCAUCCGCAAGAUCAAAGCCAUCGGGGGCAUCAUCCUCACUGCCAGCCACAACCCCGGCGGGCCCAGCGGGGACUUCGGCAUCAAAUUCAACAUUGCCAAUGGAGGUCCUGCUCCUGAAGCCAUCACAGAUAAAAUUUUCCAGAUCAGCAAGAAAAUUGAAGAAUAUGCAAUCUGCCCAGACCUCCAGGUGGAUUUGGGCACCAUUGGGAAGCAGCAGUUUGACCUGGAGAACAAAUUUAAGCCAUUUACAGUGGAAAUUGUGGACUCUGUGGAAGCCUAUGCCAACAUGCUGAGGAAUAUCUUUGACUUCAAUGCCUUGAAGGAGCUGCUGUCAGGGAAGAACCAGCUCAAGAUUCGAAUUGAUGCCAUGCAUGGGGUUGUGGGCCCUUAUGUGAAGAAGAUCCUGUGUGAGGAGCUGGGAGCCCCAGCAAAUUCAGCUGUGAACUGCACCCCCCUGGAGGAUUUUGGGGGCCACCACCCUGACCCCAACCUGACCUAUGCUGCUGACCUGGUGCAGACCAUGAAGACAGGGGAGUACGACUUUGGAGCUGCCUUUGAUGGAGAUGGGGAUCGUAACAUGAUUUUGGGCAAGCACGGAUUCUUUGUGAACCCCUCGGACUCGGUGGCCGUGAUCGCUGCCAACAUCCUGAGCAUCCCGUACUUCCAGCAGACCGGGGUGCGGGGCUUCGCCCGGAGCAUGCCCACCAGCGGGGCCCUGGACAGGGUGGCCCAGGCUACAAAAAUUGCUUUGUAUGAGACUCCAACAGGCUGGAAGUUCUUUGGAAACCUGAUGGAUGCAAACAAACUGUCUCUGUGUGGAGAGGAAAGCUUUGGGACUGGCUCUGAUCACAUCCGAGAGAAGGACGGGCUGUGGGCAGUGCUGGCCUGGCUCUCCAUCCUGGCCGCCCGCAAGCAGAGCGUGGAGGACAUCAUGAAGGAGCACUGGCAGAAAUAUGGCAGGAACUUCUUCACCAGGUAUGACUAUGAGGAGGUGGAUGCAGAUGCUGCCAACAAGAUGAUGAAGGAUUUGGAGACGAUGAUGUUCGACCGCUCCUUCGUGGGGAAGCAGCUGUCGAGUGGGGACAAAUCCUACACGGUGGAGAAAGCUGACAACUUCGAGUACAACGACCCUGUGGAUGGCAGUGUCUCCAGGAACCAGGGUUUGAGGCUCAUCUUCUCCGACGGCUCCCGCAUCAUCUUCCGCCUGAGCGGCACCGGCAGCGCGGGCGCCACCGUGCGCCUCUACAUCGACAGCUACGAGAAGGAUGCUCAGAAAAUCAACCAAGAUCCACAGGUGAUGCUGGCACCUCUCAUUUCCAUUGCACUGAAACUUUCCCAGCUGCACGAAAGGACCGGCCGUUCUGGGCCCACCGUCAUCACAUAGAGCUGCAGCGUGCCCUGGGCCAGGCUGAGCCCCUCCCUGUGUCAAAUCGUCCCUAAAACAGGAAUAUUGAUUUUAUCUCUGUAUUUAAGAACACUGUUUUGCUGCUAAGGAUAGCCAAUAAACCCCAGCCCUCAGCACCCCUUGUCCCCUCUGCUGCCUCUCUUUGUCCCCAGCGCUGUUGGUGGGUUGGGUGUGGUGCUCCUUACACAACUUUUGGGGCAGCACGUGGACUCCUGGCUUUUCCUUAAACAAAAGGCUCUAGGAAUAACAGAAA